AUGUCGAAGCAAGCACAGCUUAUGGAAGUGCUGAAGAAGGAGGUGAGAUCGCUGCUAAUGGCUUCAAAAGAGGGCUUAACCCCAGCACAGCUGGAGGAGGAGUACAUGGCCACGAUAGGCAAACCUCUUCCUCUGUAUGACCUGGGCUUCCAAUCCACCUUGGAGCUGGUGGCGGAUAUGCCUGGUGUUGUCAGAGUCUGUUCUUGUGAGAAUGGGACUUUAAUCCUCAAAGCCAUUGCAGAUGAGACCACCAAGGCCAUUGCCAAACUGGUUGCCAGACAGAAGAGAAGUGCUAAGGCAAAAAGGAGUGCUCCUGGAAAGGCAGAUGUUGCUUCUCCCUCUAAGAAUUCCCAGAGUUUCCCUCAGAGGGGCAGGGCUCCUGUCCUGCCAGCAACGGUGAAGGCUGAGCUGCAGGAUUUGCUGAGUUCCUCACCGCUUCUGCUCUUGGACUUUGACAAGGCCUUCUACAAACGUUUUGGCCGGGCAUUCCAGUACACGCAAUAUGGAUUUGUUUCCAUGUGUGAAGUCCUCAGGAGUGUGUCUGAUAUCAUUGAGGUUGAGCAGACAAGAGCAGGUUCCUUGCUGAGCCUGAAGAAGCACCUGGCAAGUGCGAUAGAGAAGGAAGAGGUGCCGCAAGCACCUGCAGUUGAGAUGCCUCCUUUGGAGCCUAGCUGUGAGACAGACAGCUUCCAACUGAGAGCAGAAGAGAAGUCAGAGCCAGUGGAAACACCAGUGGAAACACAGGCAGUAUAUUUGGGUGGUGGCCUCAAACAACCUCAAGAUUUGGAGCAGUCUCUACUAGCCAAGUUGAUAAUGACUCCAGAAAUCCCCCCAGAUGCUGUUCAAGACAGAAGCCUUUGCAGUUUACCACCACUGGAGAAGAGAUGCUUGGUGGGAGUCUUUGUGGAAUUUGUUGUCUCUCCAAGCCAGUUCUACAUCCACAUCUGCAGCAGUGAAACGUCGGAUAAACUGCAGGAUAUGAUGUUUGAGAUGAGACACUGUUACUCCAAUAAACUUGUUUCUGAUCGUUAUGUCAUGCCUGAGUCUUCAGUACGGCCUGGACAGCUUUGCUGCGUAACCGUCUCUAAAUGGUGGUACCGUGCUAUCGUCCACCGUGUCAUCAAUGACCAGGAAGUAGAGGUGUUCUACCCAGAUUAUGGAAACCUCAAAAUUGUCCAAAAGUCUUGUCUGAGAUUCCUCAAGUGGUGCUACUUGAAGCUCCCUGCUCAGGCCAUCCCGUGUUCCUUGGCAUGGGUAAAACCUGUGGAGGGUGUGUGGUCCAAUGCAGCAACUCUCCUAUUCAAGCAGCUGUGUGACUCCAAGCUACUUGUGGGCAUCGUGGAUGAGUAUGUGAAUGGCAUUUUGCAUCUCUUCCUGUGUGACACAUCCACCAAGGAGGAUGUCUACUUCCACUGUGUCUUGAGGGAUGAGGGAUGUGCUGACGUCUGUGGAGAGAACAUUCCUUCCCAGGGAUUCAAGGAGCUGAAUCCUUCGGCCUUGUACGUUCAGCCCAGCAGAAAGCAAGAGAAUGCUGAACUGGUGGAGCCAGACCUUUGCUUGCAGCAAGCAUCUCAAGAUGCAGAUGGUGAAAAAGCAAGCUCAAAGCUGGACAGGGAUGGACUGUGUGACCAGCAGUGGCACCUCUCUGCUAAGGAAGAGGCACAGGAUGAUGUGCAGACACUUUGGGAUGAAGUCAGUGUACCAAGAACAGCAGACCAAGACCCUGAGCUUGCACAGGAGGAUACAAAUGAAACUCUUGGGGAGCUUAGGGCAGUGGUUAAGACACCUCAUUCUCUUGGAGAGUCCUCAAUGCCUGCUGCCUUAUUCAAGUCAGUGGAAGACUUUUACACCUCCUUUACCUACUCCAAGCAACCAGCAGAAAUGAGCCAAGAUGACCCUGAUCAGAUAGAAAGAUUUUCCAACAAGGCCCACCACCGUGAAGCUGUACAUCCCUCUGUUCUCCUUAUGGCAAUGCCGUUUGUGCUGGACAACCGUAACAAUGAAGAGGAAAUGAAGAACACAGACCUUCCCGAGGAUCUUGCAGUUGACCUGUGUGGUCCCGAUGGGCUUUCUGACCAAAGGUCCUCUCAGAAACUGUAUGUCCCUCCUACCACGCUGUCUGCGGUGUUGGCAGCUGCACGCUUAGCCACUUCCACUGACUACUUCCAGUGGCCUCCAGGCCUGAGACAGAAGGUGUGAGAAGAGGGGACAAGCUGGAGCUGGACGAGCUGCUGAGGAAGGCUGCCCAGAGCAGCAAAGGCUCUCUGUAGGACUGUGGUGUCAUAUUUUUUUUUUAAUUGUAUUUUUUUGUUGUUGUUCAGAAGUGUUUAAUGCCUUGAAAAACUUGAAUCUGACAUCUCAGAUGUGCCCAGUACGUGUGAUAGAUGUUACUUGUAUCUUCAGGAAAAUAGUUUGGGUUUGUUAUACUGGUGCUACACUAAUUUAUUGUUCUUUAAUGGUUCAGGAGAACAGCUACGUGUCACAUUGUGUUAUAUAUCCUUAAAGUUUAGUAGAGGGAAACUGGCUGCCUAUGCCUCCCUCUUUCAGUGCACAAGCAGUUUUGACAUUGUUUGGGGAGGUGUUUUUGUUUUUUGACACCGUGGAUGUUCUACACAUGCCUUUCUGUUAGGAGAGAUCAUUGCUUUCUGUUAGGAGAGAUCAUUGUAUCCCAGCUCAGGCCUCAGUCUGUGUAAAUGCUCGUAACUUGCAAAAAAGAAACCUCCUUCCCCAAGAAAAAGGCGCUCUAAUUUGUUGAUGAAUUAGGAUGCCGUAAGUAUGAAGCAUCAGGAAUCCCAUGGGACAGAUAAGGAAUGACAUCUACAAACAAUCCAGUGAGAGAAAGCUUGAUGUUGGCCGUGUUUAUGUAGUUCCUUGCCCAUGGCAAGAAAUCCUCUCGGGCUUGAGUUUAUUAAUGCAGAGAAAAGCUGUGAAAAUAGAAGUGCCCUGGUUGUGAAUGCUGCCAUUCAGCUGGUUUGCUGGUGCCUGGACUGUUCCUCACAUCUUCAGGGCCU